AUGCAUAUUUUAAAGCUAAAUUUAUUUUUAAAUUGUGCUGGUUUCAGUAAGUUUAACUUUUUGAAUAAAGUUUUGAUGAAUCAGCCAAUUUUCAAAUCCAGACAAUUUGCAACAACUACUUUAUUACAAACUGAGAAAUCAAAUCCAGGUAUUAAAAAAGAGGAAUCAACAAGAAUGAAACAGUUUCAUAAGAAAUUAAGAUUGCAACCCAUACCAAGUAAAAUAAAUACGAAUUGUAAAUAGUGUAUAGAUUACAGAAGAUAGAUUAUUAUAAUCAUUAUAAAUAUGAUAAUAGGAGUACCGCCACGAGAACGAUUUGUAGAUUUGGUAUUAGUAGAAACUAAUCCAAAGAAUGGAGAAGCAAUAACAGAUAGCGAGAAAGAUCCAACAAAGUGGGGAGAUUGGCAAAACGGUGGACGAGUGACCGACUUUUAAUAAAAGAUAUUCCAGUUCAUAUAUGAUUUUGAUUUGAAAAUAUAAAUUAAAAACGCGGUAUGACACGAAAUAAACAUUUAUAGAUAUAGUAAUAUUCUCGUUCAUAUGAAAUUGUUUUCUAAAGUGCAUUAUUUUAUAUUUACAAUACAAUUUCAUAUUACAAUAUGAAUACAGAAAUUUCCAAGUCACACUUUCAUGAUGCGCGAUACACAAAAUACAAAAUUUGUUUAUGAAAAGUUAAAAUUAAAAAUAGCGAAAUAUGUA